CGAUGAAGCGGAAAAAAGGCGGUCAAUACUUCCAGUUACGGGUAACCAGAAAUUUCGCCCCGUGAGUCUCAUUCUCUCUAAAUUUUUUGCUUUUUCUCAGAUUUUAAAAAAAAAAAAAAAUCUCCGAAGCCUCAAGCUAUUCCUACCUUACUCAGUGAUGGUUUUUGGGUCCCCUGAUCAAGAUCAAAGCUUCAAGAGACCUGAUCCUCUGCGUGGCUUCAAGAAUUAUAAUGGAGGCUAUAAUGUUACUGACAAACAUUACUUGGCUUCUGCGGUAUUUACAGGAGUGCAUUCUUAUGCAAUUGCUGGUGUGUGGCUGUUAUGUGGGUUGGGAUUUGGAAUUGUUUUCACCUGGAAAAUUUUGAGGAGAAGCGACUCUUCCCACGUUAAAGACUAUUUGAAUCAUCACUAUUUGUUGAUGUUCUUGAUCAUCAUCCUCUUCACAUUAUUGGCCAUAAUUGCCACUAGUCUGGUCCUGGCUGCCAAUGAGAGCGCCUUCUACAGAACCAAUAAAUUUAUGCGGACGAUUGUGGAGGUAGGCAAAGACACCCACCGAAAGAUUCACAAAGUAAUCAUAGCAAUGAUAGAAAUGCAGCAUCUUUUACGCCCAUAUGAUCCAGCUACCUCUGUGCGCUUUUAUACCAUAACCCAUCUUCUUGCAAGGGAAGCACAAGCUAUUCGAGAUAUUGUUCAAAAGAGUGGCCGUGCAAUUGAUCUCGCAAUUCAUACUUCGCACAUAUUGCAUCUUGUGGUUGUGACCAUCAACUUGGUGCUCUUGUUGACUUCCUUAGUUCUGCUUCUGUUGCAUUGGCACCCUGGAUUUAUCACAAUAAUUUUUGUCUGCUGGAUCUUAACAACUAUAUGCUGGGCUUUGACAGGCUUCGAUUUCUUCCUCCAAACUUUUGUGUACGAUACUUGUACAGCAUUUCAGGAUUUCGAACAAGACCCCCAGAAUUGUAGUCUGAGCUCCAUGAUACCUUGCAUGGAUUCAUCAUCUUCAGAUCAGCUCCUGAUAGAAAUUGGCAGCACCAUCCAUAAUUUUGUUUCUAAGUUGAACUGGAAAAUGGAAGAAUUAUAUGUGUUGCUUCCGUCAGAGGGAAACAUUAUGGAUUUAGUAGGAGUUAAGAAGAUAUGUGACCCUUUCUCAGGACCACCAAAUUAUACAUACAUCCCUGAGAGCUGCUCAAAGGAUAGCAUUUCAAUCCAGGAUAUUCCAAAUAUCCUUUCAAGACUCACAUGUUACCAAGAUAAUUCCCCUGAAACAUGCACAAGAGAAGGAAAGAUUAUUCCUGAGAGCAUUUCUAACAUGGCUUUGGCUUACAGUCGUUCUGUUCAGAAUAUGUUAAGUAUAUAUCCAGAUUUAGAGAGCUUGGCAAGAUGCAUUGUUGUCAAGACUGCUUUCUCUGAUGUUGUUAAGCACCAGUGCAAGUCAUUUAAAGCUUCGAUUCGAAUGUUAUGGUCAUCGAUGUUCUCUCUUUCAGUCUUUAUGAUGAUUUUAGUAUUAAUUUGGGUAGCUAAAGCUUAUCAAGAAAGAGGUAGAUGCUUCUCCAGAUGUUCCAUUGUCCCUGAUAGACCUUAAGAAAUUUGGAAAAUAUCAAGAUAUGUAGUAAGUUUGCUAAAGAAGAAAGGAAGUGUGAGUUAUGUAGUAAGUUUCCUAAAGAAGAAAGGAAGUGUGAGUUAUACUGUAAGUUUCCUAGAGAAGAAAGGAAGAGUGGGUUAUACUUUGUUUAUAGCAAUUGUCAAAUAUUUAGCAAGGUCGUGAGAGAAUUAUGAUGGUUCUAAAAUGUAAAUUAUAUGGAUUUUUUUUUAAAAUAAACUUGAAUUAGAAA